AUGGCGGGGAGCGAGCAGAAAACAGUCCUCCAAUUCGCACCAUCAUCUUCAUCGACCCUCUCCGCGAAGGUACACCCUCUUGUGAUCUUCAACAUCUGCGAUUGCUACGUUAGGCGGCCCGAUCAAGCCGAGCGCGUCAUUGGCACUCUUCUUGGCUCCGUCUUACCUGAUGGCACCGUUGAUAUCCGUAACUCUUAUGCCGUCCCUCACAACGAAUCCUCCGAACAGGUGGCUUUGGAUAUUGAUUACCAUCAUAAUUUGCUGUUGUCUCAUCAAAAAGUGAAUCCUAAGGAAGUUAUUGUUGGAUGGUAUUCAACUGGGUUAGGAGUUACAGGUGGCAGUGCAUUGAUUCAUGACUUCUAUUCUAGAGAAGUUGCGAACCCUAUUCAUCUGACCGUGGAUACAGGAUUCAGGAAUGGGGAGGGUACCAUAAAGGCUUAUGUUUCUGUGAAUUUGUCUCUUGGGGACCGUCCACUUGCAGCACAAUUUCAAGAAGUUCCUCUUGAUCUUCGAAUGGUUGAAGCUGAGCGCGUUGGAUUUGACAUUUUGAAGACCACAAUGGUUGACAAAAUUCCAAGUGAUUUGGAAGGAAUGGAAGUCUCUAUGCAACGGCUACUAGCCUUAAUUGAUGAUGUGUACAAAUAUGUUGAUGAUGUGGUGGAAGGGCGUACUGCACCAGAUAACGACAUAGGGCGGUUUAUAUCUGACACUGUCGCCUCCCUUCCUAAAUUGUCACCACCUGCGUUUGAUAAGCUUGUAAAUGACAAUGUGCAGGACCAUUUACUGCUGCUGUAUUUGUCAAGCAUCACCAGGACACAGCUCAGCUUAGCAGAGAAGUUGAAUACAGCUGCUCAGAUCCUCUGA